AUUGGACGACGAUCUCGCUGUCCUGACCUUUGCGCGAGCUACGCUGCCGCGUCCUGAACCAAGAAGAAGGCAGAUAUGGUGUCCCCCACGCAAGUGACUCGAGAAAUAGCCGGGAAUACCACGGAUAUCGUCGUGCUCCCGUACGCAGAUCGUGUCCUCAUCCUCGUCACUCAAUUGGGCAAAGUAGGGAACUUGAUACAAGCCUCUCUACCAGCGACAACACCCAUACAACCCGCAGAAGCCAACGCCGAUCAUCCCAAUGCACUUGCACUUCCCCCACCACCUCCCGGAAUCCAAGUAACUGGGUUGCUCGGAAGCUCGUCGUCGGACCACCAGCACACACUUCAUUAUCUCUAUGCAUCGCAGAUUGCUACGAUCGUGUGGACGGCAGAGGGAGGGGGCGCUCUGGCAGGCCCACGACGCGACGUGAUCAUCGGGCUGGCUCUGCGAAAAUCAGCUCCCUCACCUGACGAUGAUGGAUCUCUAUCCGAGGCAGAGAGGGAGACCUAUAACGCGAUCAUGUUGCUGUUGCAAGAAAUACUCAAGAGCUGAUGAUACUUCUAGCCACUGAACCAUGUCCCCUACGGCGCCUAUUGCACGUAAGCCCCUCUUAGUGGGCGCGUAUCUCGAUGUCCAUCACCCAGCUGCAGGUACUUGCUGACGCUGUGCACAUCCAUCAGAGGCGCUUGCGAGAAGUUGUCAUCACUUCAUGAGGCAUCGCUGUCGCUCGCACGCUGAUUAGCCACUGUGUGAAUUUAUGUUGACCUUUGGCCACGAUGUUCACCUCCUCCCCCCGUCCUUGC